AUGCCGCGUCAACUCAGCAUCACCCCAACGCCCUUUAAAUCCUCCUUCCUGUCUAUUCCGCCAUCACCAUUCUCUCCUCGUUUGCCCAUCACACCCGCAGUCACACUCGUCCAAGCCACUACCAAACCCCCCACAAACGCCAUCCGCGCUGCGAAUCUUAGAGCCGGCACGGAUCUCGUUCCACCACCUCCUGAACCUCUUCGCUGGCUCUGGCAAUGCCACAAGUGCAAUCGUGUCUAUCCACUCGGCGUGACGAGGAGAUGUCUGGACGAUGGCCAUACUUUCUGUCCCGGCAUGACGGUGGUGAAGAGGAGUAAGCGAAACGAAAACAAGAGGACGGUGAGACAUGCGGCUUGCGCUAGUGAGUUUGAUUACCAGGGAUGGAAAGGGUGGGGAGUCUGGAGGAGAGGAGUUGUGGAACGGGUAGAGGCUGCCGAGGCAUUGAUGAGGGAGGGACAAGACGACGGUGAUAGUAGCGAGGAAGAAGAAAAGAGUUGGUUUGGGAGUGCGUGGAUAAGAAAGGAAAGCAAGGGGGAUACGCAUUUUUGGAACAAAGGUGAGAAGCCGGCGAAGUUGAAGAAGGAUUGUUGGAAUCGAUGUGACUAUCCGAGUGAGUGUCGAUGGGGCAAGCAAUUUGGGGUUCAGACUCUCGUCGUACCUGCUACGGUCGUGCCAUCUACUCCGGCAGAGCAGCCAGAGGCAGAGCAGCCAACACCUCUCCCGGCCCCAACGACGGACAAGGAAAAGAAGCCAGCGACCACAUUCGACGAUAUCCUCAUCGACUUGUCUGAUCCCACAUCGCUGGACUACCUAUCUCCUCUAAGUCCAAGUGAUUCCCACGCUCCCGAAGCGCGACGCGUCACAGAAGGGGAGACGAAGAUGACCUCACCCUACGACUUGGUCCAAUCCGCCAAGCGUAGGAAGCGAAAGAGCUCAGGUGCGAUGCCGCUCGUACCGUCUCCGUUGGCUCUCAAUCCCCCAUCUACAGAGGAGGAAAAGGCGCCAGAAGAAGUAAAGACACCAGAAAUGUUAGAGAUGGAAAUGAAAGAGGGGAGGCCCAAGAGUCGAGAUGAUCUGGAUCUGGACGUCCUGUCUAGUGGGAAGAAGGGGGGCUUGCUGGGGGAGAUGGGUGUUCUGCAGCGGAGAGCGGAUGAUUUGGUUCAGAGUUGGAGGUAUGCUAGGACGAAGUUCAGGACUGGAGCGUUAUAG